AUGUUAUCAUCAUUCCCUCAGUUUUCAAUGUUCCCGAAAGAGGUUCAGUUAGUGAUAUGGGAAUCUUUUGCUGCCUACUCCAUCAAACCGCAAGUCCUUGAAGGCUUGGUCCAAGACCAGCACGAUUAUAACAAGGAUGGAGCGGACAGCGCAGAGAAAAUCAUUUCCAUAAUCAGUGAUGAGGAAGACUCGCGAGAGGACGAGGAAACAAAUGACGUAGUCGCCACACCGCCCAAUAUCUCAGCUUCACAUACACGCAUCCUAGCCUAUCCCGCAGCAGCAGUGCAGACAGCCCGCCCUGUCAUGCUUUAUGUGUGCCAAUUGUCUCGUCAAGUAGCAUUGAGCCUUGGGAGAUUUACCGAACUCAGAAUCAGCGCCGAGGACAACCGCCCCCGACUUUUCUGGUUUAAUUUCACCUCUGACACGGUUUUCCUACCAGACUUGGAUCCUCUUUUUCAUGAGGACGAACAAUGGACAGACAUUGCAAAUGAGGAAGACUGCAAGCGCAUAGAGCAUCUCGCAGUGCCGUGGUCAGUGUUCCAUGGAGGAAGCCGGGGUUCUAAUGACUAUUACGAGCAAGACAAGAGCUGGUGGGCUUCCGCACUCCGCCUACUCUGCUGGCGUUUUCCUCGUCUUGCAAAUUUGUAUCUUUGUAUACCUGUGGUGCGUCUCAGGCAGAAUGACUACAUGUCUGAAGUGGGUGUCCAUUUUGCUGAGCCCGAGGGCUGCGAGGGUUUACAGAUAGCACUGGAGAGCAUGUCAGGUACACUUGAUCGAGUCAAGCUGCCUUUUUGCGACUGCGAGGUAAAGCCGGAGACCAUGGCAGCAACUCUCACAGAAAUCGAUAGAUGGUUGCAAUCGGAGAUAGUUCAACAGGCUCUCUCGACGAUUCCAAACAGGGUCCAACAGGCAGGAAUGCCAUUCCACCUUGGUGGAAAAUGGCUAGUCCGUAAGGGCUUAGAUAUGGACAAACUUUGUCAGAAUGAUUUCAGUGUUGUGGUAGAUGAUGGUUGGAGGGAGGGUACUCACUGGUGA